GGGAGGCGAUGCAGGCGGGGUUCACAGAAGCGCCUGUUGCACUUUCCACGCCACGUUCUCCGCCUUCCCUCGCUGACAAAUACAGGUGUUCCUUGUGGCUCCCACCCCGGGUGCCCCUCCGCGGACCAGCAGCGCCCCCUGGCCCCAGCCGUGCGCGCGCCCCGGGCAGCUCUGCUGGGUCCCGCCGUGCGCUUCUCGCCGUGUUUCUCCCGGGGAGUCAGAGCCCAGAGUUGUCUGCCUGCCGCAGGAGCCCUAGCGCCCAGGACCCCGUAGCGUGCCUGAAAGGGGCGCGGGUUGCUUACACUGGGCGCCAAGGGGACCAGCGGGUCCGGCCUCCAAUCGCUCCUACCCAAAGCACGGAGACCGUGCGGCUCCGCGUGGACGCAGCGACAUUGCGGGCUUUGUUUGGCAUUGUCUCUGCUCACCUGAGCGCGGCCAGGAGGCCCGCGCGCCUCUCCUCUCCGGGCAGACAGUGUCCCGGGGAAGAACGCCCCAAGCGCACGCCUCCUCCGAGCUCCCCAGCUGCAUUGGGGAGAACUGGCCUCGGUCUCGGGAGGGGGAGCGCAGAGGGUCCCUCAGUGACCCCUCCCUUGAGUCGCUGGCACUGGAGCAACGGGCUGAGGGGCAAGAACCGCAGUCCCAUCAACAUGCCCCCUGUGCUGUUGCUGGAAGUCGUCUGCAUCCUCCUGUUUGCUGGAGCGCCCCCCUCCCUCCCCCUGCAGGAGGUCCACGUCGGCAGGGAGACCGCUGGGAAGAUCUCGGCUGCCAGCAAACUUACGUGGUGCUCGGCUGCGGUGGACAUCCUGUUUCUGAUGGAUGGCUCUCACAGCAUCGGGAAAGGGAGCUUCGAAAGGGCCAAGCACUUUGCCAUCACGGUGUGUGACGCUCUGGACAUCAGCCCCGACAGAGUCAGGGUGGGAGCAGUCCAGUUCAGUUCCACUCCAUGGCUGGAAUUCCCCUUGGAUGCCUUGUCAACCCAACAGGAAGUGAAGACAGAACUCAAGAAGAUGGUGUUCAAAGGAGGGCGCACGGAGACGGGCCUCGCUCUGAAGUACUUUCUGCGCAAAGGCUUCCCUGGGGGCAGGAAUGCCUCGGUGCCCCAGGUGCUCAUCAUCGUCACGGACGGGAGGUCCCAAGGGCACGUGGCGCUGCCCGCCAAGCAGCUGCAGGAAAGAGGUGUCACUGUGUUUGCCGUGGGGGUCCGCUUUCCCAGGUGGGAGGAGCUGCACACGCUGGCCAGUGAGCCCAGGGAGCAGCACGUGCUGAUGGCUGAGCAGGUGGAGGACGCCACCAACGGCCUCUUCAGCACCCUCAGCGGCUCCGACAUCUGCACCUUCGCCUCUCCAGACUGCAAGGUCCAGCCUCACCCCUGUGAGCGCAAGACGCUGGAGACGGUCAGGGAGCUGGUCGGCAACGCCAUGUGCUGGAGGGGAUCGCAGGGGACCGAUGGUGUGCUGGCCGCACUCUGUCCCUUCUCCAGCUGGAAGAAAGUGUUCUUAACCCACCCCGCCACCUGCUACAGGACCAUCUGCCCAGGCCCCUGUGACUCCCAGCCUUGCCGGAAUGGAGGCACGUGUGUUCCGGAAGGACUGGACAGGUACCACUGCCUCUGCCCGCCGGCCUUCAGAGGGGAGGCCACCUGUGCCCCGACGCUAAGCCUGGAAUGCAGAAUCGACGUCCUCUUCCUGCUGGCCAGCUCGGCGGGCACCACGCUGGAGGGCUUCCUGCAGGCCAAGGCCUUCGUGAAGCGGUUUGUGCAGGCAUCACUCAAUGAGGACGCGCGGGCCCGCGUGGGUGUGGCCCGGUACAGCCAGGAGCUGGAGGUGGCAGUGCCCGUGGGCGAGUACCAGGAUGUGCCCCACCUGGUCAGGAGCCUGGACGCCAUCCCCUUCAGCGGAGGCGCCACCCUCACAGGCAGUGCCCUGCGGCAGGCGGCAGAGCGCGGCUUCGGGAGCGCCCGCAGGACGGGCCAGGACCGUCCUCGCCGAGUAGUGGUCCUGCUCACGGAGUCACGCUCCGAGGACGAGGUGGCCGGUCCGGCGCGUCACGCAAGGGCCCAAGAGCUGCUCCUGCUGGGCGUGGGCAGCGAGGCCGUGCGGGCGGAGCUGGAGGAGAUCACGGGCAGCCCGGAGCACGUCAUGGUCUACGCCGACCCGCAGGACCUCUUCGACCAAAUCCCAGAGCUGCAGGGGAAGCUGUGCAGCCGGCCGCGGCCAGGCUGCCAGGUGCAGUCGCUGGACCUGGUCUUCAUGCUGGACGCCUCGGCCUCCGUGGGGCCUGAGAAUUUCGCCCAGAUGCAGAGCUUCGUGAGAAGCUGCACCCUCCAGUUUGACGUGAACCCCGACGUGACACAGAUCAGCCUGGUGGUAUACGGCCGCCAGGUCCAGACGGUUUUCGGGCUGGACACCCACGUCACCCGUCCCGCCGUGCUGCGGGCCACGAGCCAGGCCCCCUACCUGGGUGGGGCGGGCUCGGCAGGCACAGCCUUGCUGCACAUCUAUGACAAGGUGAUGACCGUCCAGAGGGGCGCCCGGCCCGGGGUCCCCAAGGCUGUGGUGAUGCUCACGGGUGGGCAGGGGGCGGAGGACGCAGCUGUCCCCGCCCAGAAGCUGAGGAACAACGGUGUGUCCGUCCUGGUGGUGGGCGUGGGGCCGGUGCUGAGGGACACUCUGCGGAGGCUCGCGGGUCCCCGGGAUUCCCUGAUCCAUGUGGCGGCCUACUCGGACCUGAGGUUUCACCAGGACACGCUCAUCAAGUGGCUCUGUGGAGAAGCCAAGCGGCCCAUCAACCUCUGCAAACCCAGCCCCUGCAUGAACGAGGGCACCUGCGUCCUGCGCAACGGGAGUUACCUCUGCACGUGCCGAGACGGUUGGGAGGGCCCCCACUGUGAGAACCGAGCCAUGAGAGGAGAUGCCCUCCAGCCACGGGGCUCCCGCCGCCGCCAGCCUGCAGGACAGCAGCGGCCGGGCCCCACCCAGCACCCCCGGAGGAGGCCUGGGCACGUGGGACGCUGAAUGGACGCCUGGCCUCAGUGGAGCGGCCCGUCUCGUGGGCUCCUGUGAGCACCUGCCUCCCGCUGUGCCCCAGACCCUUCUGCCCACUUCCCUCACCCAGGGAGAAGAGACAUCCCCGCUACAGACCGUGCUGCUUAGGGACACGGUAGCAGUUGGCUUUGCCCCAUACUGACGAUGUUGAACACUCCUGACAUGUGAGUGAAUGUUUCCUUUCUGUGCCCAGCUGUGCCCUGUUGAGCUUGUCCCCGGCCACCUGCCCCCUGAGGAGAGACAAAGGAACCUGGAGACUUUGGAGGGCCUGUGUGAAGCCCACCCAACAGAUGGCCCAUAGAAUGAUGUCGGGACAGUGACACGAGGAGGCAGUGACUAGAGGGACAUAGCGAUGGCAUUUCAAGAUGGAGAAAGUGUGGACCUUUUCACACAUCCUUCCCUAAAGAUGUCCUAGAGGCGUUCGUGGUUUUGGUUUGAAGAGGAACUGGAGCGGCAUUUGUGAUUUCUGCCCAUGGGGUCUGUGUCGGGGGGAGACUCCGAAAAGCCCCAGACUGGAAUGUGCCUGGUCCACCAGCGUGUUUGACGGUGGGGGAGGGGCCGUGUGCAGCUGGCCUGGGUGCCGGGCCUCAUUCUCGAGGAGGGCGGCGGGCGGGGUGAGGGGUUCCUUCAGAGUUUGCUCAGGAAGGAGGGCUGAAUUGUGGGGUGUUUACGGAGUGCUUUGCUUACUCUCCUUUUAGCGAGGCAAGGAGCGAUCGCAUUCUUAAACUCAGCGAAUAGAGGAGAAAGACACUUUAUAGGGGUUUCAUUGUUUUAAACAGGAUUUAAGCAGUCUAGGGCCUUGUUUUGCUUUUGUUAUGUGUGGUCUUGAAAGGAUGUCAAGAAACGAUGUUGAGUAUUUAUUGAACGGAAGUAUCUGUAUUGAUCUGGCCAAGAGGCGUCGGUCGGAAAGCGCUCUGGCAAACCCGGCCUCCCCCACCCCUGCUGUCUGCAGGCGCCAGUUCUGCCUGUAGUUUUCAGUAGAAACUGUCGCCAAGCUCUGCCCUAAACUCAGCCACUCUAUCACAGCCUUCCUCUUGAAUAUAGGUAAUGUCAUGCUUUAUAUGCAAAUGCUCAGGCUACCCCUUAGCUUCCAGAACGUCAAGAUUUCGGGUGCUGGGAAAGCACCUGAAAGAGGUUAUCACUGUGGUGUCAGAUGUCGGAAAUAAAAUGUCUGGUGUGCCAA